AUGGGCAGUGCUCUUGGCAAAGAAGACAGGACGAGGAGAACCGUACACAUGAAGGUCGACAAGCGGCCCAGGUACAUCCCGCGGUCUCGGAAGAAGGAAGUCAAGAUCCUCAUGCUAGGUGCUGGCGACUCGGGAAAAUCCACCUUACUGAAACAACUGAAACUCAUCAACGGAGGAGGGUACUCCACUGACGAACGCUGCUCCUUUAAGGGGGUCAUCUUCGCCAACGUUGUGCAGUCGAUGCAAGCCAUCUUGGAGGCAAUGGGCGUCUUUGGUAUACGACUUGCAAAUCCCGCGGCCGAGCAGCACGUGUCAACAAUAUCGUCGCAAAGACCGAGCGCCACCACUGCGGAGUUGUCUCCAGAGGUAUACAACGCAAUUAGGGUCCUUUGGGCCGACAUGGACGUGAAAACGUGCUUCUCUCGAUGCAGCAAGUUCCAAGUCUGCGAUUCGGCACAGUACUACUUCGAGUCGAUCGACCGCAUUGCCGCCCCCAGCUUCGUACCCAACGACCAAGACAUCCUCCGGUCCCGUCACAAGACCACGGGCGUUGCCGAGUUUGUCUUCACGGCCAACAGGGACACCGUCUACCGAGUCAUCGACGUCGGCGGGCAACGGUCAGAAAGGAAGAAGUGGAUGCACUACUUCGAGGGCGUGGACCUGGUCCUCUUCCUGGUCGCCCUGUCCGAGUACGACCAGGCCCUCUACGAGGACGGCUCGGUCAACCGGCUGCAAGAGACCAUCGACCUUUUCCGCAACGUCUGCGAGGCGCGCUGGUUCACGCACGCCACGGUCCAGCUGGUCUUCAACAAGACCGACCUCUUACGGGAGAAGCUGCUUCGUUCGCCUCUCGAGGCCUAUUUCGGCGACUAUCAAGGCGGCUCCGACUACACGGCUGCCUGUAAGUACAUCUCGGACAAGUUCACAUCGCCAGGCCAGAUGCGAGGUCCCGAAUCCUUCAUUUGCGCGACGGACACGGCCCAGGUCGAGAAGUUGAUCGGGAGCAUCGUUGGCACACUUAUCUUUGAGCAGGAAGCAAAGUACCUCACCACCAAAGCAUCACAAUUUUCGGCAGACAACGUGGGGUAUCUGAAGAUAACCAGUGGUCACCCGUCCACCGCAUGA